UCUUCCGCUGAUCUCAUCAAGUCUGAUCACUCCCAUCUCAUCACCCGCGGGUUACCUUAGCCCUUCUUUCAUCCCUUCCGUUUAUAUUAAAAAUUAAAAAUAUUUGAAAAACAAAAACCAUCGACGCACCAAAGCUCAACAACUGUAACCUCCCUCCUUUUUCUUCAUCUUCAUCAACGUAUGUUCCCGGUGUUCCGGCUCCCUUCACGGAGCCCAAGCUCAUCACCCAUCCGAAUCUCUAUCCCUCCCUGAACUCACCAGUUUUUCAUUAUUCUAAAAAUCGUUUCGUUUUCCAUUUCCCCUUUGCGGAUCUUUUUUUUUAAUUUUUUUGAAAAAAAACCAUGUCAAAACAGAGGAGCAAAAUCGGCGCAUGGGCAGCCGAUGCGGAGCAAGCCGAGGAAGAGGAGCGUGCAGCCGCUGCAGCAGCCGUUUCUCAAAGUUCCCCUAAUCUGAAAGAAGUUGCCGGAACCGCUAAGACUAAAAAGAAGAAAAUGUCUCUAAAUGAAUUCCACUCCACGCCCAUCGGCGGCGGUGUUGAAUCCAGAGGAUUGACUCCGAACGUGAUGUUCGGCCUCCCUACCGGUCCAAAAGAGCGUUCCGAUGAAGAAAUGCAGUAUGGACGCCUCGGCGGUGGAUUUUCCAAUUAUGGUCGAACUGGGCCGCAGCCUGGACGUAUGCGUGAUCGUGAAGACAGCGAUGGAUCUUGGGGAGGUGGUGGUGGUAGAAGGCAAUUUGGUGGCGGUUUUGAUGAUGAUCGAAGAGGUCCAUCUUCUUCUAGGGUUUCUGAUUACGAUCAGCCUUCGCGUGCUGAUGAGGUUGAUAAUUGGGCAAUGGCUAAGAAACCACUGCCUUCCUAUGAUUCUGGACGACAAAGCCGUUACGGUUCACUCGGCGGCGGAGGCGGAGGCGGAGGCGGUGGAGGUUUUGGAGGUGGUUCUAGAGCUGAUGAAGUUGAUAAUUGGGCGGUUGGUAAAAAGCCGUUACCUACUCCAUCUUCGACUUUUGGUUCGGGUUUUCGUGAUUCUGGGCCGGAGCCUGAUCGCCAGAGCAGAGGAGGAUACCGUGAGCCGGAGAGGGAGAGGCCUAGAUUGGUUUUCGAUUCACCAAGAGGUGAAGUUGGAGUUAACGAGCCUGUGAAAUUAGACAGGCCAAAUCCAUUUGGAACAGCGAGGCCGAGAGAAGAUGUAUUGGCAGAGAAAGGAUUGGAUUGGAAGAAGCGGGAGAUGGAAAUAGAAGCUAAGAAGACUAUGAGCUUACAAUCUAGCAGGCCAACUAGUGCGCAUUCUAGCAGACCUUCUAGUGGGCAAUCGAGUAGGUCUGAAGGGCCAGGGCUGCAGCAACAAGGAUUUGAGAAUGUGGCUGUGAAGCCAAGGCCGAAAGUGAAUCCUUUUGGAGAGGCAAAGCCCAGGGAGCUUUUGUUGCAGGAAAGAGGUCAGGAUUGGAGAAAGAUUGACCGUGAGUUGGAGCAUCGUGGUGUAGAUAGGCCUGAAACUGAAGAGGAAAAGUUAUUGAAAGAAGAAAUAGAGCAUUUGAAGAAGGGGCUUGAGAAAGAACUUGCAACAAAAGGGAACCAGGAACCUCCACGAGGUUCUGCUGAUGACAUACCCAGCUUAAGGGAGAUGAUAUCUGAGAAAGAAAGGGAAUUAGAAAUGUUGGUCCGUGAUUUGGAUGACACAGUUCGAUUUGGAUCGAAAGCCAAUGGAAGGCCAGGUUCUGGGGCAGGCAGGGCUUCUGGGUUUUCAGAGAGACCUCCUUCUAGAUCUGGGUCAUUUGACGAGUCUAGAAAUAUGGAGUUAAUGGAUAGGCCUCGAUCUCGUGGCAAGCCAGAUAUUUGGACAAGGCCUGUUGAUGACCGAAGAGCAUUUCAAGGUGGAAGGGAAAGAGGAUUUCUUGGUAGCGGAGAUUUUGACAGGCCGCGGACGGAAGAUAGAUGGUGAGAAGCUGUGAUUCAUUGAGUUCUCUUCAUCUUUGACAACAGAAACCAAAUAAUAUUUUCACUUCUUUUCCUUUCUUAUUCCUUGUAUUUUUUUUUUCUUUUUAUUUUACAUGUUCUUGUUUUUUGCUCUGGAAAUGGAACAAGGAUUAAUGAGUUUUUAGCAUUGGGUUGAUCUGUUGUUACAUCUUGAGACCAAGUAAAACUGAAUUUCCACCCCUCUUUAGUCCGUUUUGAGGCAAGGAAGCUGUGUUAUUGGUAGGACUCAAUUUAUUUGAACACCUCGGGACCUAUAGGUUUUUCUUUGGCCUUGUCCUUUGACAGUGCCAAGUAUUGUAAAGUUAAAUCGUUCUGUUGUGCCUGAGCUCAGGAAAGCUGCUUUUUGCCAACUGCUAUGCUGUCAAUCGAUUAUUUUACUGCUUA